AUGCCCGACAUCAAGAACAAGCACCACCUCUUCGUCCUCGUCGCGCGCCACCUGCAGGCGAACCCGACGACCGAGCAGAGCGCCGCCCUCCGCGCCCGCGUCCAGGGCGCCCCGGCCCCCGACCCGAGCAAGCCCUGGCCGAGGCCCGCCGUGCCCCGCGGCUGGAAGAUGGGCGAGCUGCUGCCGUACAUCAGCCCCGCCAUGACGGGCGGCGGCGUCAGCGAGAACCUGUUCAAGGACAUGAUGAAGGAGAUGCAGGGCGGCGGGGACCCCAUGGCCGCGCUCAUGCAGCAGGCUGGCGGUGGCGGCGGCGGCGGCGGCGCGGAGGAGAAGGCGGGCAAGAAGAAGAAGGGCAAGGGCAAGGCAUGA